AUGUCAUACUUUUUAAGUGGUCUCAGUAAACUAAAGGAGCAAGCUUCAAACAUUUAGUCAAUGGCAAAGAACAUAAUUGUCUAAUAGAAUCAGAACGAUUAAGAAUAAGAUGACGAAGAGAUACUUGAUGCAAUUGUUGAUGAUAAUAGUACUCGUCCUCCAACAGCUGCUAUAAAGGAAUAAGCGGAUGACUUCUUUAACUCUUUUAUCCCCUCUCUUCAACAGAAGUCUAAAACCGGGAUUACUACAGAUAAAACUACAGAUUAAGAAAAGCAUAAAAAUAAUGAUAUAAAGUAAAUAAGCAAGACAUCUAAAUCUGAAGGCAGAAAAACAGAAGCUAAUGAGUAAAAGAGAGCGGGAGCCACAGAAAGUUCUAACAAUGGCAAUAAAAACAAUUCAAAAGAUAUCAAAGGGACUAAAUAAAUGAGUAGCAAUUAUCAAGAAGAGGAAUUUGAAGAGAGAAUAAAGGCCUAUUAGAAUAUUCUUAAGGACAAUGAAGCAACUAUUGAUUCAUUUAGGUCUAGAGUUGUUAGUUUAGAAUAGUAGAUUAAAGAGUUACAGCCUAAAUAAGCCCAGACUGAAUCAACAGAUAGUCAAAGUUAGCAAAUAGACAUAUUGCUUGAGGUGAUUCAAAAAGAAAGAUAACUGAGUCAGGCAAAAGAUCAUGAGUUAAACUUACUGAAUAAAGAUUUAUAAGUCUCAAUUUAAAAGAAUAACAACUUUGAAAAUGAAUUUGGGAGAUAAAUUAGUGAGAUUGAAUCAAUAUUGAGCAACUUAGUUCAAUCUUAGAUAGCCUCAGAACAAAAUCAAAACUAAGAAAAUGGAGGUGGAAAGAACAAAAAAGGCAAAAAGUAAAAUAAUUCAAAUGCACAAUCAUAAAAUCAAACUAUUGCUCAGAAUAGUGAGAUUUUAAGCAAAGCAUUAUCUGAAAUCAUUUAUUUAUUGAAGCCUAGAAAGAUUUUUGAAUAAAAUAUCUAUCUAGAAAAUGCUAUUCGUGAACUGGAAUAGAAUAAUGUCAUUUUGCGUGAAGUAAAUUUCAAAAUAUCAGAUAAGUUACUUUCACUUGAAAAAGUAUAUCAAGACAAAAUUUAGCUUGUGACUGAAGAUUUAUAAACUGAGCAUCGUUUGAAAAUUAAAUCAAUAGAAGAAUAAAACGAACUCCUCAAAUUAAAUUUAGAGAAAGAUUUUCAAGACAAGUUAUCAGAUAAACUUAUGGUGUUAAAUGAAAAAAUAGAUUAAUAGGAAAAAGAUUUCACUAAACAAUCUAAAGAACAAGAAAAGGUUUGGAGUGACAAACUAUAAGUAUUAGAAAAUAGUUAUAAAUAGGAAUCUCUUGAGUAAAAAAAGCAUAUAAUUAAUUAGUGUUAUCAAACAUUAACUCAAAGUUUGACAAAAGUUUUUGAAAUUUAAGAAAAAUUAGCUUAAAAUGAUGAUGUUCAAGUUUUGGUGAAUACUUAUAAUCAACUUAUCAAGGAUAAUUAUAAAGGUACUCUAUAGCUAGAUCCAUCAAAUAUAAUAACAAUGAAGGAGUGCUGGGAAUAAGUUAAUGAGAGAUUUAAGCAACUUAAUCUAUCCAAAUUUUAAAAAUAAGCUAUAAAAGAUGCUCAAUAAUGGUUGAAUUAAAGAUUUGGAUCGCUUCCAAAAGCUAAAAAGAAGGAGGACGAUUUUAGAGAGAGUGAACUUUAUAAGUUCUUUGAUACAUAACUCUAGUUAACUCUUUAAUUGAAUUUAUACAUACAAGACUAAUAGUUAUAAUUCUAAGAUCUUACAUCCAAGAAAGACACACUUUAGAGUUAAUUUACUAAACUUUAAAAAGAAUGCAACGAUAUGCUAACAAAAAGCAAAGAAAUUCCAAAGUUAAAGGAAAAGUAAGAUUAACUAGCAUAGGAAAAGGAGGUCAUUUAGAAUCAGCUUUAAGAAGUACUCCAAUAAAAACUAGAUUUUUAAAUGAAAUUAGAGGAAGGAAGAAACAAAACUGAGAUGUUAGUAGUUGAGAAUGCAACUCUAAAAGAAAAGGUAAGUAAUUUAGAUGAAGAAAUCAAAAGACUCAGAAAGUAAAUUAAAUAGCUAUAAGGCUAAAAUGACCUGUAAGAAGAUUAUAAAUUGCAACAUGAAAAAGCUUAGCAGGAGAUAAAAUGGCAAGAGGCCCAGAUCAAAUCUAAAGAAGGGGAAAUUGAGGAGGCAAGAAAGACAGUGUCUUUGCUUUAAAGAGCAAUUUAAUAACAAUAGGAUGAAUAUGAUUAGAACUUAAGAUUGAAAGAAAGAGAAUAGGCAGAGGAUAAGGCACUUUUAUAGACUUUGCAGAUAUCAAAUAAUGAAAUGAAGGAGCGAAUCAGGGAGAUAGUUGAGAUCUAAAACUAACUUUAAUUAAAAGAGGAAAUAAAUUAAGACCUCCAUGGAAAACUAUAAAAAUGUGAAAUAGAGAACCUUGAAUUAAAGAAAUACUCUCAAGAGUUAGUUGAAAAAGUUAAAAAAGACAGCGAGUAAAGUGAAUUCAUGGUAGAUCGUAGAAUGAUUAAUAAGUUUCUGAUUAAUUAUGUCAACCCCAAUAGCUCAAGGGACGUUAAGUUCUAAAUGCUUGAUGCAAUGAGCAAAAUAUUAGGAUUCACAAUGGAGGAGAAAUAGUCACUAGGUUUGAUAAAGAAACCUACAACUUUGGAUGCAGGCGCAGAAUAAUAGAAUACAAGAGGUAUCGGAGAAAAGCUGAUUAACUUUUUCCUUUAAGAUGAUGACGAUGAAUGA